GUCAAAACACUUGUCAUUGUACCUGUUGUUUGCCCGCAUAACAUAAAUUAAAUCAUAGUACUCGAUCUGUGAAAUAUUUCUGUGACGAAUUCGAUAAUAAUUCACAAAAGUCAAAGAGAGAUUCGGCAAAGAGACUUUUCCACUUCAAUGACUGUGGAACAGAGAGAGGAAAUACCUCUUUAUCUCUUUCAUAUAGCCUACAUAUAAUAUGUUUGCCGUAGUGAAUUUGAGCAGCACAAAAAAAAGAAGAAGACGAAGUGAUGUCGCCUCGAGACUGACAGUAGAGUAAAGCGGUUAUGUAUUCAUCCAAACAUUAUAGAGGAAAAUGAUUUUAAGGAAUUUCCAGACUCAAUGGAUGCUGGGAAUAUUACUGAUUAUCGUUAUCAUAUAUUUUAAGUUGAAGAUACACUCGCUGGAGGAGCAGAACAAAUUGUUGGUGGAAACGGUAACGAGAGUGCAGAAUCAACUGAAGAAUGCGGCUAUUGAAGCUAAUUCUGAGAAGAAACUAUCAAAAUCAAAUGACGUCAUCGUGAUAUACAAUAGGGUUCCUAAAACUGGUUCGACCAGCUUCGUUGGUGUUGUUUACGAUAUAUGCAAACAAAACAAAUUUCAUACUCUGCAUAUUAAUGUCACUAAUAAUAUGCACACACUCAUUCUUGCUAAUCAGGUACAAUUUGUAAAUAAUAUUACCCAGUGGGAUUCUAUGAAACCAGCGUUCUACCAUGGACAUAUGGCUUUUUUAAAUUUUAAUAAGUUUGGUGUAAAACAAACUCCAUUGUACAUAAAUCUCCUUCGAAAACCUCUCGACAGAUUCGUCUCCUAUUACUAUUUUCUCCGAUACGGUGACAAUUUUCGACCUCACCUCAUCAGAAAGAAACAUGGUGACACGAAGACCUUCGACGAGUGUGUGAGAGACUCACAAGCUGACUGUGAUCCCAACAAUAUGUGGCUACAGAUUCCAUUUUUAUGUGGGCAUAAUCCUGCUUGUUGGGAAGUUGGUAACAAGUGGGCUCUAGAAGAAGCCAAGAGGAAUUUAGAAAAACAUUAUUUAUUGGUUGGAGUUACGGAGGAACUCGAUGAAUUUAUUCAGACUCUUCAGUUUGUACUUCCACGAUUCUUCAAAGGGGCUUAUGACUAUUUCCUACAUAGCAAUAAGUCACACUUGCGACAAACAACUCAGAAGAUGAAUCCACUUCCAGAAACUAUAGAAAAAAUUAAAAACUCAACUGUGUGGAAAAUGGAGAAUGAACUUUACAAAUUCGCCCUUUCUCACUUCCAUAGUGUUAAAAGGCGAUUAAUCAAUGCUUCCUCACAAGACUUGAACCAACAUUUUAUGUACGAGAAGAUACGACCAAAAUAAAUUAAAUAAUUCUUUUUUGA